UUUAACGUCUUUGUGGUUCAGACUAAUGAACAUUUGAAACGUUUUGCUGAGCCACUUGGUGGAAUUUAUUUCUGGGGACAUCGGGGUUUUUGGAAGGAUUUUCAUUAUUUAGGCCCGGAUGGUGUCCAUCUGCUGUGUACCCCUGCCGAGGACCAGCCCAUGAGGAAGUUUCGCCGCAGCAUUAGGAAUGCGGUGAUCCUGCACUCAAAAGUUUUGAGGCCACCAUUAUGCCACCCAAAAAGAGAGCCAGGAGAGAUGAUGUGGCAACUGGAGGAUUACCACCAACAACACCACCAACUGAAGUAAAUAAGGGGAAAAAAGGGCCAAAAAGAACCCGAAAACAGUCGGAGAAUGACACUGUCAAGGUGCUACCAAAUAUUGAUUAUGAACUUCUGGCAAAAGAAAUUGUAAACCAACAAAAAGCUGAUAGUGAGAAACAAAACAUCAGUGAAAGUGUUGGGCAACCUCCGAUGGUGAAUUCUGUUGAGGAUACUGCACCAGUAGUUGGGGAAGCUAUACCGGCCGCUGCCACAAUUCCUGCCUCUGCGGCUGCCACAAUUCCUGCCUCUGCACUUGGAACAUUACUGGAUAAUGUGUUCACAGAGAGCCAGGGAGGCAGCACCAUAUCUAGACCAACAACCAACUGCCAUUCCCGAGCAUCUAUUGCAGAUUUGUCCUCAACCACCCAAACAAUCUUAGUAGCAGCUUUGUCUCCCUCUGCACGUUUAUCAUACAGACGUUCAUGGGAACUAUUUCUCACAUUUCGAAAUAAUCCAGUGUCGUUACCUUUGUCUACCAUUGAUAUUUGUAAUUUUAUUGGUUUCCUGUUUGAAAAACAAUACAGUUCCAGCAGCAUUGCCUCACAUGUAUCUGCUCUGAGUUAUAUACACAAAAUUGUAAAUGCGCCUGAUCCAACACAAACAUUUAUUGUUCGAAAACUCCUUAAAGGAUGUCACAAGCUUCUUCCUUCACAAGAUGCUAGAUUACCAAUAACACUGAGUAUAAUGCACAAAAUUCUCUCUGCAUUAGUUUUCACUGUUCCAAAUGCAUCAAAUCGGGUACUUUUGCAAAGUCUUUUUCUUCUUUGUUUUAACGCCUUUUUACGUUUAGGGGAAGUUGUCACAAAAAAGGUAUCAGAUAAAGACAGAGUACUUCAAGUUCAAGACAUUACUUUUAUGGGAGAUAAGAACAAUCCUUCAGCAGUUCAACUUGUUUUACGAUAUCAUAAAUCACAAAAGAAAAAUGAUCCUAUAAUCAUAUCUAUAGAAACCAACCCUGUUUCCAAUUUCUGUCCAGUACAGUAUCUCUAUAGAUAUAGAUCACAUUUUCAACAUGUUUCAGGCCCCUUUUUUCAAUUGAUCAGUGGCUCUCCAGUCACAUAUUCUUAUGUUAGCAGUGAGCUUUCGAAAGCCAUAGCAUUUGCGGGUCUUGACCCCAAUAGAUAUAAAGGGCACAGUUUUCGGAUAGGGGCAGCAACAUAUGCUGCACAGUUAGGCUAUUCUGAGAGUUUUAUUCAGCAUUUAGGCCGCUGGAACUCCAAUGCAUUACACAGAUAUAUUAGAAUACAAUCGUUUCAACUGUAAUUAUUUGUAUCUACAAUCUUUCUUACCCCUGCAGUUUAUUUAUAGCAGGCCAGUGAGUAACUGCUGCUAUUGAUCUGUACCAAAAAAUGUCCUUAUGUUUGUUACUUUUUCCAUAAGAGAAUCUUGUGCGUAAAAUACGGAGGGUGUCUCAAUUAAUUUUGUUAGUUAUAGUAUGUUUACAGGUGUAGUAAUGUGUAAUGAUAGGUCAGUGUUUAACUGCUAUUUUGUAGUUGCACAUUGUGUCUUUAGAUAUUGUUAGUACAACUUUUAAGUUAGUUUAUUAGAGUGCCUGCGGGUUUCACCUUGGAAUUGCCAUUCAUGUUACGUUUGUACGGGUUAUAGUAUAAUGAAUUAUAUGCACUUAUUGCCAGGUCAGUGUGUAACUGCUGGUAACACUAUGCCAAGUCAGUGUUUAACUGUUGGUACAUUUGACUAUAAACUGUGAUUUGUGUAUGUGUUCACAUCAGCAUCAACAAGUGCACAACUCACCUUGGAUGGCACAAUGGAAUUGCCAAUUGUCAUUAUGCAAUUCACAUUUGGUGGCAUAUUUUAUUUUUGAGGUGCCAUCUUUUUGCUGGUUUUGUAUAUAUUGUAUAUACUUUUGAACAAAAUAUUGUUUUUCUGUAUUUUAAGGGGAUCAGCAUAUUGAUAAGUUAUUUAACAUUUUGUGUGAACAGCUUUGGGUCUGAUCCCCUACUAUGUUGUUUAUAUUUUUCUUUACUUUCGUCAUUUUUAAUAAAUGACAUAUUUCAUCAUGCACAAGUGUUGAGUUCAUUUAUCAGA